AUGUUACAUUUUUAACUGAACGAUUUUAUAGUCAUUUUUUAUUUAACUUCAGAUGUCACUGCUUUUAGUGUUCUCUAAAAAAGAAUAUGUUUGUCAUCUGGAGAUGUGCCUCCAAUGUUGAAAUACGAGGGUGUGGUUAUAAAAGAAAGAUAAUUAGGUAGAAAUUCUCAGAUCCUGUUUUAUUUGAACACAUUCACUGCUAUCAGACACGUAACCUGCUGAUACAGAUGGCAUACUCUGCACAAACACUGGCUGGGGGCUACUUUGGGAAAACAUACAAGGAGAAGUAUGGAGAGACGUGGGCUGCUGUGAAGAGAAUUCCUCUAGGCUUCAGCAAACAACAGCUGGAAAGAGAAUGCAGAGUAUACUAUAAUGUUCGGCAUCCCAACGUGGUGAAACUUCUUGGAGAACCAUGGCUGAAAGACUCCAAGUAUAACAUUCCUUUGGAAUUCAUCUUUGGUGAAGACCUUGAGACAACCAUCUUUAAAGCUCAAGUUUCUCAAAUACAGCUGACUCCAGCAGUGAAAGGCACCAUCAUCACUGGUAUGUGUGAAGGUUUGCUUCACCUGCACAGUAAAGACAUUGUCCACCAAGACCUCAAACCCGAAAGCAUCAUGGUUGAGCAUCAAACCCAUCGUGCUGUGAUCAUUGAUUUGGGGCUGGCUAAAUUCUCAAAAAAUGGGCCCACCUCUGCGGUAAACAUGGGAAAUGAGGCUUACUCAGCUCCAGAGAUCCUACAGAUGAAUGGAGUUCGUGACAAGCGUUCAGAUGUUUGGGCCAUGGGUAAAAUCAUAGCUGAGGUCUGUGUCAGGGUCAGGUUAAUGGCCGAAUUUGUGUCAGCCGGCAGAAUUCGGGAAAUUCUUAAAGACCAGCCGUACUGUGUUCCUGUGUCCAGUAUGGUGGAAGUCAAUCUGAACUGCAGAGCAACUAUGGCUGCUGUUAUCUCAGACAUUAGGAGAGCUGGUUCAACUCCACAAAUGGACAUGAGGCCAAGAGAUGUCACAGUGACACAGACAAAUGAAGUUAGAGGAAAUCAAAAAUGGUGUCCACAAGUGCCCGCUGUACCUAAGAUGGAGGUAAAGAAUCCUCCUAUGGUAAUUUAUCGGCAGGAUCCACCUCAUCAGAGAGAGGCUGUGAAGGCGUUAGUCCCAGUAAAAGUUGAGGCCUUAAACAAUCAGAUGUCCCUGAUGUCAUUUCCUUGCCCUCUUCCGGAAACCGGAAAAGUGACUCUGGAAUGCUACAAUGAGGAGAAAGGAGCUCGAGAAUAUAAAGAGAUUGUCACAAAGGGUGGGAAAAUCAUUAAGUAUGAGAAAGUGCAAAUAACCAAAGAUUCUUAAAAAGGAGCAAGAGUAUACUUUGUCUUCUGACAAAAAUAAUUAAUAAAAUCGAAUUACUAAUUAAUAUACUGGCCUUUUGGGUGUUACAAGGCUGUUAACAAUAUCAAUCAGUGUCAUUGUUUUAAAAAAUAAUUGUCAUUGCACAAUAUCAAACAGUGUAAUUGUUUGUUUGUUUGUUUGUUUGUUUGUUUGUUUGUUUUUUCAUUGCUGAUAUCUUACGUCCAUUAAACAAUAUUUUUGUCUUGUUUGUCAGUAACAUGUCAACAACUCCAGUGUGUAUUUCUUAUGAUUCAUAAUUAGGAAAAAUACCUGCUUAAUUCUUUCAAUUUGACAUUUUAGGGUCUUGCAGUUUAGUAACUUUUUUAACUAGUAACCUAAGUGGGACACUGCUAUUUACCAAAGAUAAUAAAAAAAAUACAAACAUUAUGUUUGUAAUAUUCUUCAUUUAAUUCAGCUUUUCACUUAUUAUACAGUAUAUAUUAUAUAGUGGAUAAGGACUGGAGAUAGAUAUUAAUAAUGUAUGAUUUUGGGUUUGACUGUUCGAAAUAACUGAAACAAUGAAUAUAAUUGCUAAUAGUAUAAAUUAUAGAAAUUAUUCUGCAUUUUAUAUUAAAAACUUUGUUUUUGGUUUUUUACUGUAAAAUGCUUAGAGCAUACACACUGUUUGUUUUAUUACUCCCCAUAUGUAUUUCUUAUUAUUGAUGUGUUAACAUAGUUUACAUUUUAAUAAAUGUAUC